UGGCACGGGCCCCGAGGGAUAUGGGAGGCGGGGAGUUGGGAUGCUGGCGCGGACGGGAGGCAGACACAGUGAGAAGGCGUGGGUCGGAGACAGGGAGACGGGGACAAGGGGAACCUGAGGGUGCGCGGUGUGCCCGGAAGGUGUGCAGGAGGCGCGGGGGAGCUGUGAGCGACCGAGGCAGCGCUGCCCCCCGCGUACCGAUCGGGCACCCCGACCCUGGGUGGGGGGAAUGGCCGGGGAAGGGACAUCAGCCUGCUCGCCCAUCCUGCUGGUCUCCGUGGCGAGGUGAGAAGCGACGCGAGCAGGUGCACCCCACACUGCGGGAGAGUUUCCGUCCAGGCUUUGGCUCUGCGAGUGCCCAGCCGUCGACAGCUCGCUGGAGGAAUUUAGCCGUGCUCUCUUCGCGCCCACACGUGGCCUUCUUCACGCUCACGUGGGGUAGUUAGCCGAGAUUUACCCAUAGCAGGUAUCGACUCGCUUAUUUACUGUUCCGCCUCUCUCCGUGUACCCACAGCUCCUGCAAAGAGCAGCCGCCUCACAUUGCCAGACGUAAGGACUAGGAAGGAUAAGGUCCCUGUAGCCAACCGCGCCAAAGGUUCUGUGUGGAUGUAGCCCUCUUCCUUGUUCGUUUGCACGCUGAGGACAGGGCACCACACGGGGCCCUGCCAAGGCACCCGCUGCGGGACUCCGAAUCCAACAAACCUGUAGCAGGCUAUUUUUAAGUUGAUAAUUUUGUACGGCCCACGAAUGAUGUUAUAAACACCCAAAUGGCAGAAGAAGGGUUCCCCACCCCUGAAAAAAGUGUAGUGUUUGAUCCACAUAAAAGGAGCUGUAAUCUUGUGUGCUUACAUUGAUGGGUGAACAGGGACACCAAAGUAGGAGACAUCUCUGAGCUGAAGGGUUUGCUUCUCACUUCCAAAACUGUUAAACCAGUAUUUUCUCCUACCUCACUUUGUACUGGAGGUUGUUUCUCUUAUUUCCUGCCUCUCACCGGAGUUCACGGUUCUGUCCUGUUAAACUUCUUGGCCAACACUACAGUCCAGCAGAUAGUGUACGGUGGCUACCACGGCAAGCCAGAGUUCGCCAACAUGGUCAUGAAGGCAGGAUUUAUGGCUGCCCUCUUUCUUCCUUGGCUUCCCAACACUGGGAUAUGAUGAAAGGGGGGGGGGGGGCGGGGGGCAGGUGUUGUGGAGUUAAACCGCUGCGUGGGGCACCCACAUCCCCCAUGGGAGCGCUGGUUGGGCCCUGUUUCCCACUCAGAUGCCUGAUAAUGCAUCCUAGGAGGAGAGGACUGCUGCCCAAGUGCUUGGGUCCCUGUCUCCCACAUGUGAGACCCAAAUGGAGUUCCAGGCUCCUGGUUUCUGUCUGUCCCAGCCCCAGCAUCUGGGGAGUGAGCCAGCGGAUGGAACAUUUUUCUUUCUGUGUCACUUUGCCUUUCAAAUUAAAAAGAAAAAAAAAAAAAAACUUUAAAAUUUCCCCAACGUUUUCUUGUGCUAGUUACAGAAGUUCUGUCGCAGGAUCCGUUUGGAUCUGUUGUUCUGUUCAACAAAUGUGGCCUGAGAGCUCCCUCCAUGCCAGGCAGGGAGGUGGCAUUGAGGGUUCAAAGUCCAAGCCUUAUCCUGCAGGAGUCCUUAUCUAGGAGAGACAGAAUCCUGCACAAACAGUGUGACAGGAGUGUGUACCCAGUGCGGCCGGGGGGAGCCGGCUGCAGCGCCACCUGCAGGAGAAGGUGGGGAAGGCUGAGGGGGCCCUCUGAGGAAAGCCUUGCUCACUGGUUGAGCCAAGCCGGAACAAGAAUUGCUUUUCAGAGUGAACAGGAGAAGCGGGAUCGCCUGGAAGCCCAGCGGGAGAAGCAGAAGGAGCUGAUCCUGCAGCUCAAGACCCAGCUGGAUGACCUGGAGACGUUUGCCUACCAGGAGGGCAGCUACGACUCCUUGCCGCAGUCUGUGGUCCUGGAAAGGCAGCGGGUGAUCAUAGAUGAGCUCAUAAAGAAGCUGGACAUGAAUUUGAAUGAGGACAUCGGUUCCCUGUCCACGGAAGAACUCCGUCAGCGUGUGGACGCAGCCGUGGCUCAGAUCGUCAACCCAGCCCGAGUGAAAGAGCAGUUGGUUGAGCAGCUGAAAACCCAGAUCCGAGACCUCGAGAUGUUCAUCAACUUCAUUCAAGAUGAAGUGGGAAGCCCCUUGCAAACAGGUGGUGGACAGUGUGAGUGCAAGGCCAGCGGGAAGACAGGAAAUGGCUCCGCCAGGAUGGGGAGCAGCAGGUUGCCUCCAGGAAACAGCAAGAUGAAGGCGGAAGAUGUGAAGAGGGUCCGGGAGACGGGGCUGCACCUGAUGCGGCGAGCGCUGGCGGUGCUGCAGAUCUUUGCCGUUAGCCAGUUUGGUUGCACCACAGGCCAGAUCCCUCAAACCCUGUGGCAGAGGGGCCAGGCUGACAGAGACUAUGCACCCUUGUUGAAGAGGCUGGAGGUGUCUGUGGACAGAGUGAGGCAGCUGGCCUUGAGACACCAGCCGCGCGACCACGUCAUCACCUCUGCCAGCCUCCAGGACCUCUCUCUGGGAGGCAGGGAUGAGCUGACCACGGCUGUCCGGAAGGAGCUGACCGUGGCCGUGAGGGACCUGCUGGCCCACGGACUGUACGCCUCCUCCCCGGGGAUGAGCCUCGUCAUGGCCCCCAUUGCUUGUUUGCUGCCAGCCUUCUCUUCAGCCCCCGAGGCCAUGCACCCCUGGGAGCUCUUUGUGAAGUACUACCAUGCUAAGAACGGCCGCGCGUACGUGGAAUCCCCGGCCCGGAAGCUCUCCCAGGCCUUCGCCCUGCCUGUUACGGGAAGCGCUGCUGUGACCCCCACACAGAGCCUGCUGACGGCCAUCCACGCGGUGCUGACAGAGCACGGCCCUUUCAAGCGCAGUGCAGACUCGGAGCUGAAGGCCCUGGUGUGCAUGGCGCUGAACGAGCAGCGUCUGGUGUCCUGGAUGAAUCUCAUCUGCAAGUCAGGCGCUCUCAUCGAGCCGCACUACCAGCCGUGGAGCUACAUGGCCCACACCGGCUUUGAGAGCGCCCUCAACCUACUCAGUCGCCUCAGCAGCCUCAAGUUCAGCCUCCCCGUGGACCUAGCCGUGCGCCAGCUCAAGAACAUCAAAGAUGCCUUUUAACGCGGAUGCCCUGGCUAGACCAGCACCUUGCUCCGUAGAGACAGAUGUAUCAGCCUUCAGGAUAGGAGCAAGGGCUCAGAGGAGGGGCUAAAGCCGUGUUUCCCUAGACCCUGCUAAGUGGCCAGCCAAGUAAGAGCAGCGUCUGUUUUCUCCACCAACCUAGCACCCGGGAAGGAUGUGCUGGAGACCCUGCUGUUGCAGAGGUUCUGCCCUAGUGUGUAAUGAUGGUUUCCACGUGGGAAACCAUGUGGGAAUCCACGGUACCCAUGUGUUGUAGGGCCUUACAGGAAUCCGUCACGGCACACAGCCGAUGCCCCGGCUCACCAUGCCACAUCUGAUUUUUAGAAAACCUGGGUUGGUCUAACCAUUCUCUUUAUGGCGGUGAGUGAGAACACGAGUGAGUUGCCCGUCAUGGAAGACGCUCAGCUUUAGGCUUCUGUUAGAGUUGGGAGCCGCCAUCUUUCCCUUGAAGCAGGCGUAAGAGUCCUGAAGCCAGAAUGAUUUCCUUCUGUGUGGACUGAUUCCCCUUCUUCACAACCCCAAGCUCGGGGGGGUGCUCCAUGGCUGCCUGUAAACUAGGAAUGUCUGGGGACAGGUUUCUAAGGGGUUAACCACAAGCCGAUGGUAAUAGGAGCCCCUUGUCUUGUAGAAAUGGGCUGACAGUGCAGUGCUUUUCGUACGGCACAGGCAGUGGUCUUUCUGUUCACGAGCAGUGCGAGCCAAUGCCUGGUACUGGACCUCCGGCAAGUAGACUCUCCUCCGUGCAGCUCCCAGCAGGUCUGGCGUAGUCUUGCUAGAUGUGGAACAUACUCAAGAGCUGCUUCUCGAGAGAAUUCUUGCCACUCACGUUGCAUGUGAGCAGGAGUCCCUGUCCUCAGCGGCCGCAGCAUUGCUCCUGGGUUGUGACCGGCCAGGCACCCCUUGUUCCCGGAGGCCGGGACCUCACCAUAGGUACUGCGGCCAGCCCAGGCACUGUGUCAGAUCACUGUAGAGCAGGGGCUGAGUUGUCCCUCAGUAUUUCAGCCUUGUUUGUUCACAUUUGUCAUUCAGCUUACUGUGGGUACUGCUCCAGAACUGACCACAGGUGGGCAAGAUAGCAAUUCAGCAUUGGUGUCCUGUAUUAAGUUGCCAGCAGCACUUUGUAUCUGCACUGUUACCUGGUGCAUUUUAACUUAAUUCUUUUCAGGAACAGGUUUCUUAUUUAAGAUGCGUUAUUGAUACUUCCUUAGAUUAAUCUGCCUUCCCUGUGAGACAGGACGGGUGUAAAAUGUUACGAGAAAUGAUGAAUAAAAUCCUGGUAUUUUGGGUAGUUUCUCUGCAAAGACCUUAGAGCUCCUUGGCUGCGGUUUACAAGCCUGUCGUGGUCUUACCAGCCUGUCUGAUCCGGCUCAGACUUUCUUCAGGAGCCGACUGCGUCCUCUCUGUCUUCUGCCACGGAACAAAUCCGAUUUGUGGUGGUAGUGUUCGGUUUUUAUUUUUUGGUGUCAACAAAUUCAACAAAAAAAUGCGUCCUUGGCAUUUCCAUUGCCUCUUGCCCAGACCUAAGUCCCCUACCUAUAACAGAUGCCACCACACAUGCUGCUUUUGAAAUCAUCAUUUUUAAAUCCAUUUGUCUGGGGCUGGUGUUGUGGCAUAGUGAGUGAAGGCACCCUGGCAAUACUAGACCCCGUAUCACAGCGCUGGUUUGAGUUCCAGGUGCUCCACUUCUGAUGCAGCUCCCUGCUAAAGAGCCUGGGAAUGCAGCGAAAGAUGGCCCAAGUGCUUGGGUCUCUGUCACCCAUGUGGGAGACCAGGACAGAGUUCCUGGCUCCUGGCUUUAGCCUAGCCCAGCCCUGGCUGUUGAAGCCAUUUGGGGAAUGAACCAGCAGAUGGAUACUAUCUCUGUCUAUAUGUAUUUUUCUCUGCCUUUCAGAGAUAAGUUUAAAAAAAUUUUUUGUCUGAUUAGCAUAGGGUGGGUAUUAACUGGUAUAGACAUGUAGCAUAGUCCUGAGA